AAAUUCCGUUCCACUGUCGGAAAAACUGACUGCCGGAAUGUUUCUUGCGAAUUCGAUGAAGCUCCGGUCAAGGGUGGCCAGCACAAUACUCUUUGCUUUGAGGAAGCAUUCCUCCGUUUCUGCUGCAGCUGCUUCAGAACGUGUAAAGAGCUACAGCGAAAUUCCUGGACCAAAGCCAUUCCCAAUCAUUGGCAAUGCCUGGAGAUUCAUGCCGUAUAUAAGUUCGUGGGACACUUCAGAUUUCGUGAAGUGGAGCAAAGCGAUGCUCGACCAAUACGGCAAAAUUGUGAAAAUCAGCAACUUGCCGGGCAGAAAAGAUAUGAUUCUGGUUUUUGACCCAGUCAUAAUUGCUGAGGUUUUCAAAAACGAGGGCCCGUUCCCUGUCCGAUUCCAGUUUCAGGGCGUGAAGUACUACAGGGAAAAAGUCAGACCUGAUUUCUACGAGGGAUUUCAAGGCAUUUUCAAUGAGCUUGGAGAAAGUUGGCUGAAAGCUCGCUUGAUCCUCAACCAAGCAAUGAUGAGCGUCGCAGUUGCCAAUCUCUACGUCCCAAGAGUGGACCAAGUGUCAAAAGAUUUUGUCCAACUGGUAAAGGUUUUGAGGGACGAGAAGAUGGAAAUGCCUGAUAAUUUCAAGAACGAAAUUCUCAAGUGGACGCUGGAGUCCAUUGCACUGGUAGCCUAUGACACCCGUCUUGGUUGUAUGAAGCAAAAUUUGGACAAGGAUUCUGACGCGCAGAUCAUGAUUGACUCCAUUGUCAAUAUUUUUCAGCUCAUCUACAUAAUGGAUCUCAAAAUACCACUUUGGAAAUUUUUUCCCACUAAAACACUGAGAGACAUGAUCAAGCAUUCAGAUAACAUGCUGAAAGUUUCCCAAAAAUAUGUGGAGCUAGCAAGUGCAAAAUUUGACUUUGAUGCCCCUGAAACUUCGGACAUGAGUGUACUGCAGAGGAUCUUGAAGCGCGAUCCCAACACAAAGCGCGCUGUCAUUAUGGGUAUGGAUAUCCUUUUUGGCGGAGUCGACACGACUUCCAACACGGCAUCGAGUGCUCUUUACUAUUUGGCGUGCAACCCUGACAAACAGGAGAAGCUUUACCAACAGUUGAAGUCAAUCAUCCCGUCUGACCCCAAUGAAAGUAUCACUUCAGAACAUUUGACACAGUGUAAAUACCUGAGGGCCUGUCUCAAGGAAUCUAUGCGCCUGGCGUCUGUAACCAAUGGUACAAUCCGAACUUUGCCAGAGGAUGUUGUGCUUGGCAAUUACUUUAUUCCAAAAGGCCGAGCCGAAAUUUACUUGUUCAACAGCACUUUAAAUGUGCUUGAGGAGCACUUUCCUGAAGCUGACAAAUACAUUCCUGAGCGUUGGCUUCGCGAGGGUGACAGUUGCCCUGUGAGAAAAGCCUCCGAGGCGCACCCAUACACCUAUCUGCCAUUUGGCCGCGGAUUGCGGCAGUGCCCAGGAAUGCGAUUUGCCUACAUGGAAAUAGAAACGCUUAUUGUCAGAAUGCUGCUGCAGUUCAAAUUGGAAUGGCACUAUCCCCCUGUCAAGUUUAUAAGCAGAGCUCUUCGAACUACAAUUUCUCCUCUGAAGUUUACCAUUCUUGACCGUGACAACGCAUCGCCUCCUAUCCAGCCCCAAAAAUGAAUAUUGCUAGCUUUGCACUACCGGCCGACACUGUAACAGGCAUUUAAGGAAUUGAUUC